AUGGCCGACCUUGAACUCAACUACUUCACUUGCACGCUUGGGGAGGCCUUGAAGUUGAAACAACAGGCCAUUAAUCCAGUGCAAUCGUUUAAGACGGUGAUUGACUUGAUCGACACGCAAGCGAGGACUAGGCCCCAAUCUCCAGCUCUUGGGUUCGCAUCACUCGACGAUGAAGAAUCUACCCGCAAUUUAUUUCCCCGUGUCGUCUCGUUCCACGACCUUUGUGAACUGUCAAAAUGCGCUGAGCGAGCAUUAUCCCGCUGGGUGAGCUCAUCCAAAGAUGCCGGCUCGACAGUCGGAUUACUCUGCACCAGCAGUUUUGACUUUGUGUUCACUUGGUUGGGUCUUGCGCGCUCGGGAUAUUCAGUUUUGCUAUUGGCGCCACAGCUGGAACCCCAAGGGAUCCAAUAUCUUUGCGAGACUUUGGGCGUCACCAAAAUAUUCGCAGACAUGGCGCAUCGAGAUAGAGCUUCCACAGUCCCUGGCAUCGACUUCUUGAGGACCUUAUCAUGCCAGGAACUUCUCGGAUCUGGGCUUUCAAAGGAACCUCAGCGAAGGUCUGGGACACUUACAGGCUCUGAACCGCCUGGAGCCACCAAGGUGCCCGACAUUACCUAUAUAUUCCAUACUUCAGGCACUUCAUCCGGCCUUCCCAAGCCCAUUCCUCAGAGCCAGUUUGGUGUUGUUGGGGUGCUGCCGAUCUUCCCAGGCGAGAAUAAGCCUGCCACCUUCUCCACCACACCACUUUAUCACGGUGGCCUCGCGGAUUGUAUGAGAGCCUGGACGAGCGGGGCCAUGAUUUGGCUCUUUCCCGAAGGACAAGCUCCUAUCACGGGAGCCAACAUCUUGAAAGCCAUCAACUUCGCUCGCAAUAAAGACGUCGGUCCCGUCAAGUACUUCUCAUCAGUACCGUACGUCCUCCAGAUGCUCGCUGAGGAAACCCAAGGGAUUCAAGUCCUAAAAUCGAUGGAUCUGGUCGGUGUUGGGGGUGCCGCUCUACCUCCCGCCGUGGGCGACAAACUCGUUGAUGCAGGGGUGAAUAUCCUAUCACGAAUGGGAAGCGCCGAGUGUGGGUUCCUCAUGUGCUCGCAUCGAGACUACUCCAAGGAUAAGGAGUGGCAGUACCUCAGAGUCAUCAACGACACUCAGCUUCUCUCGUUCGAACCCCAAGAAAACGGUCUCUCUGAGCUGGUGGUGAAACCCGGUUGGCCCUUCAAGGUCAAGACGAAUCGCGACGAUGGCUCCUACGCUACCUCUGAUCUCUUCGAGCCCCAUCCCUCCAAGCCAAAUGCUUGGCGGUACCACAGCAGAGCUGAUGCUCAGAUCACACUUGCAAAUGGCAAAAAGUUUGAUCCCUCGCCAAUGGAAGGCAGCAUCUUAGCCUCAACGAACAUGUUAAAAGACGUGCUCAUAUUCGGGAGCGGAAGAGACUACGCCGGUGCCCUCUUGUUCCCUGUUUCGGAUAAAGUCCCUCAGAAGAAAAUCAUUGACUCUGUCUGGCCACAUAUCGACCAGAUGAACAGCGCCGGCCAAAGUCACGCCCGCAUCACCAAACCCAUGCUAUUGGUCGUUCCCGUUCGUGAUGGAGAACAACCUCUUGUAAAAAGCAGCAAGGGUACGAUCCUCCGACGCCAAGCCGAGGAGAGAUAUGCCAAGGAGAUUGAGCUGUCGUAUAAACUAAGCUCGAGUCGAUCAGUUUUCAGCCAGGUCGUAGAUGAACAGCUAGCGGAAACAGUUUCGGAUUGCUUUUUGCGUGUUCUGGGUCGCAAGCCUAGUCCUGAUCAAGAUCUCUAUCGUCAAGGCGUCGACUCUAUCGCCUGCAUCCAGAUACGAAAGCUUAUUGAGUCGAAUUGUCUGUCUCCGGGUAUGGCUCUUCCCAUGAAUGUCAUUUACGACCAAGGUACUGUCACCGCACUCGUGGAGUACUUGAGGCGAGUUCGGGGAGGGCACAACCUUGAGGAGUGGAACGGAGAAGAAACACAGCUGCGGUCCAUGCGCCAGCUUGCUGAAAAGUACGGCGCUUUUGGAGAUAUCGAGAUAAAGCCUCGCAUAUGGCAGGGCAAUGCCGUCGUCCUCACAGGAGCCACUGGCUUUCUAGGAGCUCAUAUCCUCCACCUCCUUCGGGGAGAUGCCCGAGUCAACAAAGUCUACUGCCUUCUCAGGGCUGAAUGCCCACAGUCCGCCCAUGAAAGAGUCUCCAAGGCCCUUUUCGACCGCGGCAUGCCUGGCUUGGAGACUUAUGAAGAAUCGGAGAUCGACCACGGCAAGAUUGUUUGCUUACCGUGCAAUUUAUCGAGCGGGGAUCUUGGGCUGUCAGAGGAACAGAGACAACUGAUCAUGGAUGAAACUGCCAUUAUCAUCCACUCAGCUUGGGCAGUCAACUUCAAUCUCCAGCUCAACUCAUUCGAAGAUCAAAUUGCCGCAACGCAGAACUUGCUGAAGCUAGCAGCGGUAGCUCAGGCACGCUUGAUAUUUGUCAGUUCAACAGCGGCUGUCAGCAAUUCCACUUCAACUCCUAUCCAGGAAACGAUCUCUCAAAACCCCUCUCAAGCCUCGCCGAUGGGUUACUCUCGCUCUAAAUGGGUUGCUGAACAGGUCUGCGAGUCUGCAAACAAGCAAUUCACGAGUGACGGAGACAAUCUCGCCACGGUUGUUCGUAUCGGUCAGCUGUGCAGCAAUGAUGUUGGUAUUUGGAACGCAAGCGAAGCGUAUCCUCUCUUGCUCUCAACAGCACGAGUAGCUGGGUGCUUGCCCGACAUUCCGCAUGAAUCGCUCAAUUGGCUACCCGUAGAAGAGGCUGCCCACUCAAUCAUGGAUAUUGCCUUUUCUGGCCAUGUUACGGAACCAGAGAACAGUAAACCACUGUCGGUCACGGAAACCCAGAUCUAUCACGUUCUGAAUCCACAUACCAACCCCUCUUGGAGUCAGAUGCUGAAAUGGAUAUCAGGCAGUGAUAAAGAAACUAGCUUUCAGAUCGUGUCCCCUCAGAAGUGGAUGAGCCGGUUGGAAGAAGCGCUGAAGGAAACAGAGGGCAAUCAUCCGUCUCAAGCUCUACUGGGGUUGUGGAGGCAGAACUAUUGCCAAAACAACGGCGACGAGUGCACGGCUGGGGAAUCCCAGCCGGUUGAUGUGUUUGACUUGUCUCACACGCAGCAAGUCUCCGCAGUAAUGCGCGAGGUUAAGCCAUUGGACCGUGAGCGAGUUCUGAAGACGUGGAAGUGGGUGUGUGAGGCAAUCAAGCCCUAG